UGUCAUCUCUACACGUCAGUUUUGAAAUUAAGCUACAAGUUAUCGCAUUAAAUUUAAGACAAAAGUUGAAAAAAAAUGUUGGGAAAGGCCGUGCAAAAGUUGACGGUUGCUGGCACGUCGCGCUUCUUGUUCCCUGCCUACACCGGGCGUGUGACGAGCUGCAGAGCUGCAUCACACGCAGCUAAACGUUUCUACAAGGAUGUAAGCGUCGCAGGUACAUCAGGCUGCUACGAAGUUAAUUUAGAUCAUCGGAAGCUCAAGACUCCCAUGGGUAACGUAUUGCAGGUGCCAAGCUAUCCGCUCGCUCUGGCGGUGGCCGAAGAGUGGAGGGCCGUGCAGGAUGUCAUCAUUCCAGCUUUUAUGCAUCUUACGGGUUUAUCCUACACUGUCGUGGAUAAUCCAAAUCGUGUGAGCAAAUGGGACAUGGCGGAGAGUGUGUUGGAGUUCCUACCCACAGACACCGUGCUGUUUGCAGACGAGAACAGUGAGAAAUUCAGCGCUGUCCAAGAGGAGCAGUGGUGGCCUGUGUUGCGGUGGUUCAACGACCGCUACAAACUCAACAUCGAGCCAUCGACGGGCAUCAACCCUGCCGAGGUGUCGGACGCUGCGCUGGGCGUCCUCAGGAGACACAUUCUCUCCCACAACCACUGGGCCGUGGCAGGGAUGCUGUACGGAACUGACGCGAUAAAGUCUGUUAUAUUGACUCUGGCUGCAGUGGAGCGAAGGAUAUCAGCCCGAGACGCUGUUAGACUCAGUAGACUUGAAGUCGACUUCCAGUCUGAGCACUGGGGGCGCGUGGAGUGGGGCCACGACAUGGACCAGCGCGACCUGGAGGCUCGGUUUGCUGCAUCGCUGUUCUUCAUUCAUCUCAACAUGGGAGACCAACACAGAGUCAAGAAAAAGGACCAGGCGCACAACUACACUACUUGAAUCGCUUCUACAGCACGCAAUUUUAGCGUCUUGGAACAUAGUCAAUUUAUAAAUAUUUCAUGUUCUAAUAUACAUAAUUUUGAACUCGAUCAUCAUUACGUUAUGCUCCCAGCUGAGGUAAUAUUAAGGUUUUCUGCAUAUCCAAACGAAAGUUUCCAUCUUCAUAUUUAUUGAAUCGAGAGCAUAACGAUGGCAAGUUCUAUUUUAACGCGAUAGGCGGACACAAAGUGUUGAACAUUUAUUAAAACAAAACAACGUCUCGGAUGGGCGAGUCAAUAACGGAACCCUUGCUAGUGUCUGUUACGUGGCAUCUACAGUUCACAGUGCGGUCAGUUUGCAUGACUGUUCCUUUUAUGUGAUUACAUCAACGAAACUAUCACUCAUUUCAACUAGAAUUAGUUUCAUCUUAAAUAAAGGCCAGCGUGGCAUUGUUCGCACUGCUAUGCUCUAAGUCAAGGGAGAUCAGGUCAAUACUAUUUUAAAACGAAAGAAAGCAACUGCAUUCUAUAAUCACCAAAUAAUCUACUAAGUCUAUUGCUACCCUGUCAUUGUUCAAUAUUAUGACGUUACCUACUCAAUAAUACAUACAGCAUUGGAAGCAAAAAAGAAAGCAAGCAUACAUGUUAACAAGUGUGGAGAAACUAACAAACACACUAUAUAAAGUUUCUCAAAUGACCAAUUAGAGCAUCUACCAACUCGAGUAGGUAUCUAUUCAACUGAAACGAAAAAACAAGGGUUCUAUCAAUAAGCAGUCAAUUUUUCCCACAUUGGCUAUAUUUUCACAACUGAGCUAUGGAUUCAAAUAGUUGAUUGAUACGUGACCUGUAUCGUCAAUACUGGCCUGACAAGAGUUAAACUUAACAGACUGAGCGAUGGUUUCCCGUACAUGAUACGUCGGUAAACACCUGUUAACAUAAGUUACCUUAAAUACCAUUGCACGGUUUACAGGAGAAACUCAAGACCACACCAAGUUCAGCAAGCAGCCGAAUACUAUUAAGCGACGCACUAAAUAACUAUCAACAACGGGGCAAACAAAUGUCAUGACACUAAGUGUGAUUGACCUUGGCACAACUCUCUCCUACUGGCAAGUUAUGAGCUCAAAUAAAAUAAUCAUACUAAAUUACUACUAAUGUUUGGACUUAAGGCAGGGUAAAAAGUAAAGCUAGCUCUAAAUGAAGAGACAACGAGAGGCCACAUACAAAUCCGCAGACAAUAUCUCUUUACUGAGGCAGUGAAGAAAUAUUGAGAAUGACGUGGGUCUGGAGAUAUGUUCAUUGUGAUGACUGCAUCCAAAUUCAUGUAUUAAUUGAAUUGAAAUGUGAAAUUAAUUUCUAAAUCAUGAUCGA